AUUCUUUAAAAUUUAAGAAGAGUCUCAGUUUGACAGCUGUGGCAGCUUUGUUAAAAUGUUUUAUUGCGUUUAUUCGAAUUUCAAUUAAUUAAAAAUCUAUGUGCGGCAUAUACAUAACAUAUUUGAACCCAAGUGUGCUUUCUUGAGGAUUUCUUUAAUACGAAGUUUUGAAAUAUGUUUGGGAAACUGUAUUAUUUUUACAUCAAUCGUUCACCACGGUGUUUGAAGUUAUUUCUAACUAUAUUCGUUUUAAUACACUCCAUCCGGGCCCAAUUCGAUGACGAUGAUACUGUCAUAGAUUUACCCAAAUUGGGCUCCAUUCAAGGCAAAGUUAUAGAGACAGCGUGGUCGCAAAGAGAAGUAUUACAGUUUGUGGAUCUCAAAUAUGCGGAAGCUCCUACAGGAAAAUAUAGGUUUAAGCCUCCGCGCCCCGUAGAGCCAUGGGAUGAUGUCAUGGAUGCAACGGCAGAGAAAAUCGGUUGUCCAUCGGUUGUCUCAAUGGAAUCUUUAAAGAGACUGGAUGACGUAUUGGACAUCGAAGACUGUCUCACAUUAACGAUAACCACGCCUAACACCACGGGUCGCUAUCCCGUUUUAGUGUAUAUACAUGGAGAGUAUUUGUAUGAGGGCAGUAACUCUGAAGCACCACCGGAUUAUUUGUUAGAAAAGGAUAUUGUAUUGGUGACACCACAAUAUCGACUGGGCCCAUUUGGUUUCCUAUCAACAAAGACAGAUGAAAUACCUGGAAAUGCGGGAGUACUUGAUAUAUAUUUGGCAUUACAAUUCGUCAAACACUUUAUACAAUAUUUUGGUGGUGAUGAGAAUCACGUGACGCUCGCGGGUCAAGUAGGCGGUGCAGCUAUUGCGCAUUUACUAGCUAUUUCCCCAAUAGUGCAAAAGGGCCUCUUUCACCAGGUAAUCUAUCACUCCGGGUCCGCGCUGAUGCCAAUAUUUUUGGAAGGUAACCCGCGCCAGCUUGCACAGGAGAUUGCUGAAAAGGCCGAAUGCAAAAUGAAGACGGUGCGGGAUUUAAAUGAAUGUUUGAUGGAUUUGUCACCGCUAGAAUUGCUCACUGCAUUUAUGGCGCACGCUCUCGAAAAAUCUGAUUUGGGCGUGGGUUAUACUGGUGGAAUCCAAUUUACAAUUGGUGGACCAAGUGGUGUCUUGCCCGUGCAUCCUUAUGAACUUAUGCUGAAUUCGAACUUUUCUUAUUCAGCAAUGGGUGGUUGUCCAAAAAAUGUUGGAUCAAGAGUUUUGAAUGAAAUCGUCGAAAACGAUUUCGAGGGUGUCAUACCAGACGAUGAUUAUAACACAUAUGAUUAUAUUGAUCAUAUUGUUCGCCAAGUGGUAGGUACUGACAAAACGAUGUUGUUGACGAGCUUCGUCACACAUGACUUUUUCAACAGAAAAUUAAUGGAGAAUGGUACAUUCGGCACACUUAUACCCCGUUUAAUUGACGUUGGUGGAACCUUAAUGCAUAAACUACCAGUACUGUUAGCUCUCAACAUGAAUAAUAAACAUGUUCCUGAAAAUACAUUCCUCUAUUCUUUUGACUACAUGGGUGAAUUUAAUCGGUAUCGCGAUUUGGAUGAGGAGACAAACAUGCAGAGUCCUUUCAAAGCGGGUGUGUCUUUAACAGAUGAGGCACUCUAUCUUUUUCCGUACCCACAACAUGUGGCCAAUUUGAGUCCCCCCGAUAGAACAAUGGCCAAGCGCAUGGUGGACUUGUGGACUUCAUUUGUGAUUAACGGAAAUCCUUUUAGUGAUGUGCGUGCGGGAUAUUGGCCACCAAUGACCACUUUGUAUGGUCCAUAUAUGAAAAUAGAUGAUACUUUAACAGUUAACGGAAAUUACUUUAAAGAAUUCUCAGCAACGUUAAUAGACGAAGAAAAUGGUCACAGUUUAAUCAGAGAAAUUUAUUACCUACGAAACAAUCGUUCCAAAAGCCGGCAACAAAUGAAACGUAAUAGGCGGAGGAAACUAAAUGGUAAAAAAACUUUGGUGAAGGGCACAUAUUCAUCGAAAAUACGUGCUUAAUUUGUGAUAUUGACUUUUAUAUAUUAAUUUAAGGAAUUUUAUAUAAUUUGAAAUCCUA